AUGAUCAAGAAAGCGGAGCAUAUGAGAGAGGUUCUGUUUGUCCAACCCGCCGUCAAUAAUGGCAAAACCAAGAUGAAUGAUGUAAUAAGCUUUUCUAGUCGAGAUCUUGACCGCAUUCAAACGCCGCAUAAUGAUGCGCUGGUGGUCACACUUCGUGUGAAGGACUUUGACAUUAGACGCAUUUUGAUCGACCAGGAUAGCUCAGUUGAAAUAAUGUAUUAUGACGCCUUCAAGCAACUCAAGCUCUACGACAAAGACUUGGCCCCAGCGACCUUGCCACUGGUCGGUUUCAAUUUGCAACUAGAGUGGUCAGUAGGAAAGAUAAUCCUACCGUUCAAAGCGAGGUCUGUCGUCAAGCAGGUGGAAUUUUGGGUGUUGAAGGUGCCGUCAAUAUAUAAUUUGAUCCUAGGUUGA